AUGGCCUUCACCAUGCGCCAACCAUUCAAAUUAACCAGUUCGCUGGCUAUAGCGUCCAAAACUGCCUUUAGAUCCGCCCCCGCGCGAGCUUUUCAUUCCAGCAAACCUACCACCAGUUUUUUCACAUCGCGCACCACAUCACCAGUCAGCACACUCGUAAAAGCUAGAAAUGCAAUUAAGGGCUCGAGAACUUAUUUGCAGCCACCGGCGACUGUUGCGAAUCCAAAUGGAACGCUGAUGCAGAAAUUGUUGGUCGGUGGUGCGAUGUUUGGAGGAACUUUGUUUGCGAUCAAUAUGGUCUUCAACCGCGAAACUCGUGAAGAUGGCGGCAUGCCCGAAUACGAACGCAGUUACCUAAACGAUACCUUUAUGCACACAGGAAUGGGAAUUGGAAUCAUCGGAUUAUCUGCGCGCGCCAUGUUCCAAAGUGGCUUUACUUACAGAUUGAUGGCGACUAAUCCUUGGGUUGUCAUGAUCGGUGGCAUUGCACUCAGUAUUGGUACUAUGAUGGGCACUAGAGCUACAGAUCCAAGCAACUAUGUUCAAAAAUACGCACUCUGGACCGGUUUCAACGUAACCCAAGCUGCAUUCGUUGCACCCCUCCUCUUCAUGGCCCCUCCUGCCAUCAUCGCCCGCGCUGGUCUCUACACCGUUGCCAUGAUGGGUAGUAUUUCCUUCGUCGGCGCAACCGCCAAGCAAGAAAAAUAUCUUUACCUCGGUGGACCUCUCUUGGCUGGUGUUGCUCUCGUCGCUGUUUCCGGAUUGGCUCCCUUGGUUCUCCCAGCUACCGCAGUCAGAACAUUGGCUUUUACCGAAAACAUCUGGUUGUGGGGAGGUUUGGCUGUCUUUGGUGGCUUCACACUCUAUGACGUACAGAAGAUCUUGGCACAUGCUAGAAUGGCUGAGCGAGGAAUGAUGAGGAGAGAUGCGGUUAAUGAGAGUAUUUCAUUGGAAUUAGAUUUCCUGAACAUCUUCAUUAGGAUGGUACAGAUUUUGAUGAUGCAGCAAAACAGGAGGAAGUAG